AAUGAAAGUGCCCUUGUGAAAGAGAAAGAGCUGUCGAUCGAACUUGCAAACAUCAGGGAUGAAGUUGCCUUCAGCACGGCGAGAUGUGAGAAGCUGCACAAGGAGAAAGGGGAGCUGGAAAAGCGGUUCGCCGACGAGGUACGGCGCCUGCGCAGGCAGCAGCGGGCCGAGCUACAGGCCCUGGAGGACCGGCUGCAGCUGCGGUUCCAGGCGGAGGGGGCGCGCCUGCAGGGGGAGCACGAGGCCCAGCUGCUGCGGCUCAGGUGCCAGCAUGAGGAGCAGGUGGAAGAUAUGACCGCCAGCCAUGAGGCUGCUCUUCUCGACAUGGAGAACAGCCACACGAUCGCCAUCACCAUCCUACAGGACGACCAUGACCACAAAGUCCAAGAAUUGAUGUCCAGCCACGAGCUUGAAAAGAAAGAAUUGGAAGAAAAUUUUGAGAAACUACGGCUGUCAUUACAGGACCAGGUGGACACACUGACCUUCCAGAGCCAGUCUCUGCGGGACAGAGCCCGACGGUUUGAGGAGGCUUUGAGGAAAAACACGGAAGAGCAGUUGGAGAUCGCCCUGGCUCCCUACCAGCACUUGGAAGCGGACAUGAACAGUCUGAAGCAGGUGUUGGAGAUGAAGAACCAGCAGAUACACCAGCAGGAGAAAAAGAUCAUGGAGCUGGAAAAGCUGGUGGAAAAGAAUAUUCUCCUGGAAGAAAAGAUCCAAGUUCUCCAGCAGCAGAACGAAGACCUCAAAGCCAGGAUCGACCAGAACACCGUCGUCACAAGACAGCUGUCAGAGGAGAACGCGAAUCUUCAGGAAUACGUGGAGAAGGAAACCCAGGAAAAGAAGAGGUUAAGCCGAACCAACGAAGAGCUGCUUUGGAAACUCCAAACUGGGGACCCGACAAGCCCAGUCAAACUGUCUCCCACGUCCCCCAUUUACCGUUGCUCCUCCUCUGGUCCCCCGUCUCCUGCCAGAGUCAGCAUGACACCCAGAUGA